AGGUCUACGAUAUACUUUAUUAAUUAUUAACAUCUUUCAUAAUAAUAUUGUAGAAUGCAAUAAAUAAAUUGAAUUGAAAAGAAAAAAUAUAUUUUUUGUGUUACUGUCUUUUGGCUUCUGACGGCUCACCCAUCAGUAUUUACAGAAUAAGUAAUAUGAAAUGCAUAUACUUCUAUUCAGUCCAAAUUACACUUUUCUGGUAUCAACACAUUGAAUAUUGGGUACUAAAUUGUAAAAGAAUUUAGUUUAAAAUUUAAAAAUUAUAAUGUUUAUAUAUAAUAUAAUAUUUUUGGUAAUAUUUGGACAGUGUUACACUUAUAAGUUGCUAGUGGUUUUCCCGUUGCCACGGUCAAGUCACAUAACGUUGGGCCAUGGAUACGUGAGGCAUUUGCUGAAAGCUGGCCAUCAGGUAACGUACAUCACACCUAAGCCACUCAACAUGUCAUCUACGAAUCUUAAACAGGUUAACCUUGCAUCACUUUAUGACGAUUUUCCAGUCGAAAACCUGAUAAACCUGAAGGAUGUUCUUAUAGAUAAAACAGUAGCUAAUGACAUCAGAAACAUCAUGAAAGUUAUGUUUGAACAUGCAAAUGCCACUAUAUUUCAUAAAAGUGUGCAAAGCUUGAUACAAGAUACGACGGAAUGGUUUGAUGCUAUCAUCGCAGAGUAUAUGUUUAGUGGACUUUAUUCAGGGUUUUCAUCUGUGUUUAAUUGCCCCUUCGUCUGGUCAGUUUCAAUGCAGCCACAUAAUAUCCACGUUGCUCUGAUAGACGAGCUCCAGAACCCCGCGUAUACCUACAACCAUUGGUCAAGCGUGGACCCUCCGUUUUCUUUUACCGAACGAGUGACUGAAUUAUAUGAGACUAUUAGAUACUAUUAUUAUGCAUGGUUACUGUCUGGUGAUGAAAAUAAAUCAUAUGUUAAUGCAUUCUCUUCAGCUGUGGAAAAAAGAGGAAAUGUUUUGCCGCCUUAUAGUGAAGUGAAGUAUAAUGCAUCAUUAAUAUUAGGUAACUCUGACAUCUCAUGUGGUCACGCUAUGCGUUUACCAGCUGCAUACAAGCAGAUAGGUGGAUAUCAUAUCGUUGACAUUCCACCACUGUCAAAAAAUUUACAAGAAAUAAUGGACAAAGCGCGCGAUGGCGUUAUUUACUUUAGCAUGGGAUCUAUACUCCGGAGCAAGGAUAUGACGGAUGAUAUGAAGAAUCGAUUACUAGAUGUCUUCAGCAGUCUAAAUCAGACUGUUAUUUGGAAAUUUGAGGAGCGUUUACGCAAUUUGCCAAAUAAUGUUAAUAUUGUCGAUUGGGCUCCACAACAAAGCAUAUUGGGGCAUCGCAAUUGUCUCCUUUUCAUCACACAUGGAGGAUUACUAUCCACCAUAGAGGCUGUUCAUUUUGGCGUUCCUAUCAUUGGUUUGCCAGCUUUUGGUGACCAGUACAAGAACAUCAAUAGAGCAGUGAAAAAAGGAUUUGGAAAAAGAGUAGACUUGGACAUGGAAAUGCCAAAGAAUCUACAAGUAGCUAUUAAGGACAUAUUGCAGAAUUCAAGAUAUAAGGAAAAAGUGAAGGAGUACUCGACGAUAUACCACCACCGGAUAGCGCAUCCUGGCGAGGAGUUAGUGCACUGGGUGGAGCAUGUAGUACGUACGCGCGGCGCGCAAUAUUUACGUUCGUCCGCACUUCUUGUGCCCUUAUAUCAGAAGUUGUAUCUAGACCUUGUCAUUUUGGUAACGAUUACUACAUUAGUUGUUACAAAAAGUGUGUUCCAAAUAAAUAUUUUAGUAAUUAAAUAUUUUUAUGUGAAAAAUAAAACAGAAUGAUUAGAUAAAUUGUUGAAAUGAGCUGAAAUUAUAUUCAUUUGCUGUGAAUGUUGUACAUAAUGGGGUGGAAUUAAUGACAAUAAGUAGCUUGCAUAUUCAGCCAGUUUGGCAUGCAAUAUUUUUAUACAUAAUUCAUAAUAUUUUAUCUAUGUAUUAAGUAUUCAUUCUUUUGAUUAAUUAAUUAAUACCAGAGGAAGACUUUGUACAAAAGUCGUUUGUUUGGGUACCUCAGACCCAUUCGUGUGUCAAGCGUAAAGCAGUUGUGUUUUCAUGGCUGUGUAUCGGUUUGAUAUGGCGUGAAUUUACAGGGUACAAAGGAAUAACAUGUGAGUCCUCAGGAAUGGCAACGCAUGGGGGGUAUCAUGGGUGAAACAGUAUACUCUGUUAUGUCCAUGAUACUGCUCAUGUCUAUAGGCGACGGUUAUCACUUUCCAUCAUCCUUUCUAAGUAUAAAAAAAUAUGAUGUCUUUGUCAUGAUCAUCUUUGAAAUUCAGAGAAGAUGCUAGCGUUU